CCCCUCUGUCCCCUCAGGCACCACUAAAUCCUCCCCCCCCACACCCCGUCCCCUCAGGGUCCCGCUAAAUCCUUUCAUUCCCUCAGUGCUCUCAGGGUUCCCCCAUCCCCUUGGCACACAGCUGGGUGUCCCCAUCCCCUCAGGAUUCUACUAAAUCUCCCCGUCCCCUCGUGAUCCCACUAAAUUCCUCCAUCCCCUCAAUACCCACCUGGGUACCACAUCCCCUCAGAUCCCAGUAAAUCCUCCCAUUCCCUCAAUACCUGCCUGGGUUCCCCCCGUCCCCAAUCCAGUCAGAUCCCACUAAAUCCUCCCCUCCCCAUAGCACCCAACUGGGUCCCCCAUUCCCUCAGAUCCCAUUAAAUCCCUAGUCCCACUUGGUGCCCCAGGACCCAUUUCCCCUUGGAAGGGGGAAUUUCCCAAGGGGAAUUUCAGCAGGGCUGCCCUGCAACCCUUGGCCAGGCACCAUGUUCUACGUCCAUUUGCUCAUCAACAAGCGGGGGCCGCUGGCCAAAAUCUGGCUGGCUGCCCACUGGGAGAAGAAGCUCACCAAGGCACACAUCUUUGAGUGCAAUUUAGAGGACACUGUGCAAAAGAUCAUCUCCCCAAAGUUUGCUAUAGCUCUGCGAACCUCUGGACACUUACUCCUGGGAGUGGUGCGGAUUUACCACAGGAAAGCCAAGUACCUCUUGGCAGACUGCAGUGAAGCUCUGACCAAGAUGAAGUCAGCCUUUCGCCCAGGGCUUCUUGACCUUCCAGAAGAGAACUUUGAGGCUGCUUAUCAGUCCAUUACAUUACCUGAAGAAUUUCAUGAUUUUGAAACACCACUACCAGAUGUAAAUGCCAUUGAUGUUGCUGAACAUUUCACCUUGAAUCAGAGCAGAGCUGAAGACAUCACACUUACAGAGGAUUAUGAAAGCAACAUAUCUCUCUGUGUCAGAAACUUUGAGGAAGAAGCAGAUGCACUGAGGAGACAAAGCUUCUUUGAGGGCAGCUUCCUGACGAGCAGCAACAGUCUGGUGGCUGAUCACAACUCGGCCAGUGCCAGUGGAGACAAGUCUGUGCUGCAUGAAGAUGUGUUCUGCUUCCAGCAUGACUGUUUUGGAGAUGAGGAAGAUGCUGCAGAUAUGAUUGAAAUCCUGUUGAGGGAUGAGCAAAAUGGCCUAGAUAAAGAUAUUCUGGAUAUAGAGGAAGCACGUCCUUUGUCACCAGAUCUGCCAGAGAACAGCACAACCAUUGAGUCCAACUGUGCAGACACCACCAUGAAGGAUGUAAGUCACACAAUGAAUGAGACAUUCCUUUUGUUCCAAGAAGAAGGAUUUGUGCUUGAGCCAAUCGAUGACACAGCUGUGACCUCGAGGAAAAAAAACAAAAGAAAAAGGAAGUUGCUGGUGGAUGUGCAGAAGGAGCUGAGCUGCAGUGCCAUUUACAACCAGCUCACCAACUGCACAGACACCCUGGCCACGCUGGACCUUGCUCCCCCAACCAAGAAAACGAUGAUGUGGAAGGAGUGGGGAGGUGUGGAUAAACUCCUGUCCCACUCCACACAGCCUGUGGUUCAUGCUGACCUGCAAAAGUUGUUUGAAAAAUGCUUCAAGAGUGUCAGAUUUAAGAUGAGAGGAGGUGGAGUACAGAGGGUCUCUGAAAUGGAAGAAAUGCGAAAAGAGCAAGAUACCACAGGGAUGCUGCCAGUAGAAGAGCCAAGUUACCUGCAGGAGUCAGCUCAUUCUGAGACUGAGAGAAAUAUUAGAAAUGACUCCUUUAUGGUUAUUCCACCACAGAAUGCCAGAAAUGAAACCAAUGGGAACUGUGAUGAAACUAUACUGGAUGGAGCAGCUUUCUCCGAGAGCUCAAAAACUUCCUUGGGCCAGGAAGCUGAAGAACAGCAGGUGGAGGUGCCAAAGGAGCAAAAAAGGAUCAAGAAAAACAGUGAAGAAAUAAACUGGAGCAAAAGAACUCUUCAGUUACACAAAACUUUACAGCAACUGAGGAGAUCAGGCUCGUGCUCCUUCAGUUUUCGGGAGCUCUGUCGGAACAACAACCGGAAAGAAGCCGCAGCCAAGUUUUACAUCUUCCUGGUCCUGAAGAAGCAGCUGGUCCUGGAGCUGCGGCAGCGCGAGCCCUUCGCUGACCUCACGGCCACGGCCGGGCCCAUGUUUGACAGAAUCAUCAGCUCAUCAACACACACCUGAAGUUGCAUCUUCUCAGCAAAUAGUUUUCCUGGGAAAAGGGUUGAGUGCCUUGUCCAACCAUGGGAGCUGAGCAGAGCUCCCUGACAUUUACACCAGGCAGCAGUGGCCUGUGCAGGUGUGCUGCCCCAGGUGUUCACUGCUGGGCUUAUCUUUAAUAUUUAUGGUUAUACGAUGAGUUAUAGGAUGGUUAUAUGAUAGGUUAAGAAAAUACCACUAAAAUAUAUAUUCUACAUAGGAGAUUUACAUUGUUGGGGAUUUUAUGGGAGUCCUUAAAGGAAUUUUAUAAAAGUCCUUGAAGGGAUUUUAUAGAAGUCCUUCAAAACCUUUCUCACAGACCACCUUUGGAGAUUAAAUUGUUUUUGUCGAGGCUUGUGUCUGUUAAUCCUCUCACACCAUCAGUAAGAGACAUCUGUUAACUCUCCUUAGCAAAAAAAUUAGUCUACUUAAAAUUAUUCCUUUCAAAGAAUGUUCAGUAUUUGAUAUUUUAAGAUCUAGAAAGGUCCUGUUUCCAGUGCUGCUUUUGUGUCUCCAGGCAGACAGAGGUUACACUGGCCCUAGAGGUGUCCAUAAGCUUCAGGAAGAAAUUCUAUUAUCUAGAAGUCCUGCAAUUUCAGAUUUCAGAGAUAGUUUACUUACUAGCACCUUUAUUCAUGUGUAGAUUUACUUAAAAAUUGAUGUUAACUGAAAUAUUACUAGUUCCUUGUAUUUUUGUCUAAUUUAAGAUAAAUUCUACCCCUUUUACUGUCAUUUUCUGAAGCUCUUGGUUUCCAGUUGCCCCCAACAGGCACCAGAGGAGUGGUUUUGCCCCCACUCAGGUGCUCUGGUGCUGUGGGGACACUGCUCUCCCUUCAUGUGGAAUCAAUAAAAAUUAGAUGUUUCCUUCA